UUGAUUCUCCGCGCGCUUUCGAGAUUGCAUUCCGAUUUCGCCUUCUCUCGGGGAAUUUGGCGAUGCUGCCGUCAGAGAAUUCAGUAUUCUGAUUUCUCGUCUGGAUGUGACAAAUUUCUUCCCUGCUACGUUUCCAUCGGAUGUCUGAACUGUCAUAACGUCGGAGUGACAGCUCUGAAUAGAGAAGAGGUAAUCCAACGAGAAUCUGUCGAGCACUGUCCACAUUGUGGCCGAAUUUAGAGACCGUGAGAAUUAUCUGCAAUGUCAGCAACAGGAUGCGCGGUCAGUUUCCGGACAAGCGUAGAAUUUUCACUAGCGAGUACCUCACGCUGUGUACGGAAUGAAUUUUCAACCCGACACUCGAACCUGUCAUUUCCUCGAUCUUUGAAUAAGAACUUGAAACUAGUCGGAGGAAGAAGCUUGGAGCGACUGCAGUGUCGCGCAGAAGGAGAAGGAAGCAGCAGCUGCUGCGGAGGGAGUGACAGUAAAAGUGGAGGUGGAGGUGGAGGCUGCAGUAGUCACAAAUCGGAUCCAGCUCUUGCGAAAGUUGGAAAGGAGUUCGAGGCCCUCGUCGCAUCCAAGACGAUGCAGGAGUUCGAGGAGGGAUACGAAACUGGCCAGAUGGAGGGCACUAUAUCUCGGGACGUUGUUCAAGACGUGAUAAACAUAUUUCCAGAAGCACUGGCAGCAAAGACCGAGGAGAGAUUUAUUGACGUCGAUGAAUUGUUAGCAGAAGCACUGGCAAUAUCCAAUGGACAGCUUAUUUUUGACUCUGAAUAUGAAGACAUGAUGGUUUGAGAACUAUAUGUAGGGCAAUCAGUGGCCUCUAGAUGUGGCUACGUUGUUGGAGGAUUUGUAAUAUACACAUUGUGAGACUCUUAACUCGGCGUCGUUGAGGAGUAUUGACUCAAACAGAUGUUCAUGUUCAUACAAAUUAAAGAACUCAUGUCGCGUACUUCAUAGUCUUUUCAUCUGACAAGCCUAGAUUGUGAAGAUACCAGCACAACCUGCAUGCAAGGUGUUGAACGCACAUGUUAUCUAUAAAUUAUCAUCUGCAUGCUUGUGAAAAUUUCGCCCAUGCUAACCUUAGAGGGCUGCAGUGCUCUGCCCGUUUCUCCACUACUUGUCAUGAUAGUCACAUGUUCCACAGUUUUAACACUUCUGUACCGUAUUUGAUCGAACACGCACGAGGUUGUGCCGCGAGGUUGCAACUUCGUGAGGAACACGCGGGAGAUCUAUCACGGUACACGAUCGCCACCAGGUGCCUCAAAAGUAGAAAGGAACUUAGCUCAGCGAUAUCACACUGGAAGAUAAAUCAAAUUCAGAGCAGACUGAGGGGCUUUGCUAUGUGGUCUCCUUGCCCGUAGUGCUGAUUUGCCCUGGUCACCUCCAGAAUCAUUCCCUCUGGACUUGAUGAGGCUACCCACGUUCUCUCGGUAUUUGAUGCCUAGCGAUCUAUUUUUUUAUUAAUUA